AUGAAGGAGGCCUCAUCCGACCCCGAUAUAGCCUCCAAACGCUCUGAUGCACAGCCCGUAGCGGAUGGACUCUCCCACCAGCCGGAUACUGAGCUCCGUGACCUGUCUCCCUUGACCGAGCACGCUCCAGCAGCUGCCUCUACUGCAGCAUCUCCAAACAACAACCAGACACCCAACAGCCACAAUGCCGGCGCAUUGUCUCCCCUCAGCAGCGAUGCUCCUCCCAUCGUCAACAAGAUACCCGAAAAGGGCUUCCUCAAGUCGUCGCUCGCCCCAAAGAAGCGCUCGUCAGCGCCACCCUCGCAGGAUGAGAGGCCGGGGUCUUUCUUAGGAACUAAGGAGGCCUACGAAAGCACCUCUGCCCCCGAAACCACCGCCGAUUUUGACGGCGGAAACGAGAAUGAAAACGACGGCCAGAAGAAGCGCACCUUUGCCCAAGAGUUUCGUAGAUCCUUCUGGCUUGUCCUUACCCACAGCUGGUUCAAUGUCCUGCUCGUAUUCGUGCCCCUGGGCAUCAUUCUCGCCAACAUCAAUGGCGUUAAUAGCGGCGUCGUCUUCGCCAUGAACUGUAUUGCCGUGAUUCCUCUCGCUGGUCUCCUCAGCUUUGCGACCGAGUCGGUGGCCAGUAAGAUGGGCGACGCUCUUGGCGCUUUGCUCAAUGUGACGUUUGGCAAUGCCGUGGAAUUGAUCAUCUUCAUCAUUGCCCUGGUCAAGAAUGAGAUCCGCAUCGUCCAAGCAUCCCUGCUGGGCUCCAUCCUCGCCAACUUGCUGCUCAUUCUGGGAAUGGGCUUCUUCCUCGGUGGUUUGCGCUUCCGAGAGCAAGUUUACAACAGCACCGUCACUCAGAUGAGUGCCUGUCUUCUCAGUUUGAGCGUCAUCAGUCUGGUCUUGCCUACGGCUUUCCACGCGUCAUUCAACGAUGCAAGCUUGGCUGACCGCCAGUCACUCAAGAUUAGCCGUGGUACCAGUGUUAUUCUUCUACUGGUAUACAUCAUCUACCUUCUUUUCCAGCUUAAAUCCCACGCAUAUCUCUACGAGUCGACUCCCCAGAAUAUUGUUGACGCCGAGUCAAUCCCAGGUCCUGCCGCAGCAUGGCUGGACGCUUCAAGCUCAGAGUCUAGCUCAGAUUCUAGCUCAGAUUCUGAUGACUCAAGUCACUCCCGGGACACUGUUCGCCGUGCGAUGAGAAAGGUUCUCCGCCAUGGGCGCAGAAGAAAGUCGUCUGUUGCCUCCGUGGAGACUAGCGACCUUCCCACUAGGACUUCGUCUUUUGGAACCAAUGCCACUAGCCCUCAGGAAGAGUCUUCUGAAACAUCUUCCCGCCCGCAAUUCCCUAGGCUUUCGUCAACUGAGACCAAUGAGGAGGCUGUCGAAGAUGACGAGCGGUCCCAUCGCAAGCAUAGAAGACCUAGCAUUCGACACUUGCGCAAAAAGCACAAGAAGCAGCGUCGUCACCGCCAGCAUGAUGCAGGCGGUGAUGCCCAGCAGACAAUAACAGAACAGCCUGACCAGAGCUCACAUGGAAACGGGGAGCCUCGUCGUGUCGACUUCGCUAUCCCCAACGACGCUGAAGCCACAAAUAGUGGCAACGAAACCGGCGCUGGAUCCAAGCGGCCGUUCCCUGCUUUACGCUCCGUGUCUGUGAAGAACUUGGCGCCCACCGUCUUUGUGCAGAAGCCCGAGUUGGAUGUUCUGUCUGCUGUCCCUGCUGGUCCGGUUCCUCGUGUUCGUUACGGCGUUCGUCGCACCAACUCCCUUCCCGAUAGGCUGAAUCACCAGAUUCGACCUCCCGGAGCCAUGCUGCCGGCUCAGGUGCCCUUGACCGCUGUGAGUCGCUCAAUGAGCGGGAUCAAAGAGGAGGAAGAGGAGGAGCACCUUACCCAGGCGGCUGCAGUUAUCCUGUUGCUUGUCACGACUGGACUUGUCGCAGCAUGUGCCGAGUUUCUCAUUGGUUCUAUCGAAGAUGUCGUUGCCACAUCAAGUGUUGGCGAAGUCUUUAUCGGUCUUAUUGUCUUACCCAUUGUUGGUAACGCAGCUGAGCACGUCACGUCUGUCACCGUCGCAAUGAAGAACAAGAUGGACCUGGCUAUUGGUGUUGCUAUUGGCAGUUCCAUCCAGAUUGCCAUUUUUGUCACUCCCUUGGUUGUUAUUCUCGGCUGGAUCAUGGACAAGCCCAUGACGUUGUACUUCACCCUGUUUGAGACGGUCUGUCUCUUUGUAUCAACGUUUAUGGUCAACUUCCUUGUUUUGGAUGGCCGUAGUAACUACCUCGAAGGCGCUCUGCUGUGUGCAGUCUACUGUAUCAUUGGCGUUGUGGCUUACUUUUACCCAUCCGGCGCAGAUGCCAGUGCGUGGGGUAGCUAG